AUGUAUUACAAUUUUGCUAAUAAAGUGGCCAUUGUAACAGGUGGUAUAUCUGGAAUUGGUUUGUCAACAACAAUCAAAUUGCUUCGAAGUGGAGCCAAAGUUGUUAUUGGUGACUAUAAGCACGAGUCAGAAAUCGAUACAACAUUGAAUUAUCUUGAAGAUGAAGUUCCAGAGAACCACAACUUCAAAUUUUUGAGAACAGAUGUGAGUAGCUACCAAGAUAAUAUAAACUUAGUUGAUUUCACCUUGGACCAAUAUAAAGAUUUGGACUAUGCUGUUGCAAAUGCAGCUAGUUCGGAAAAGUUAAUACCGGGUGCUGAUGAUAGUUUUGAACUGUUUGCAAAGAGCAUAGAUGUUAAUUUGAACUCAGUCUUUUCAUUGAACCAGCUUGCGAUUAAUUAUUGGGAAGAAUUCAAUAGAACCGGUUCAAUCGUGAAUGUGAGCUCAAUAUUGGGGAUAGUGGGAACAAAUUGUCUUGCCAGUCACUGUGCGGCAAAGGGUGGUGUGAACUUAUUGACAAAAGCAUUAGCAUUAGAUUAUGCUAAGAAAGGGAUCAGAAUUAACUCUGUAUGCCCAGGUUAUAUCCACACUCCAUUGCUUGAAAAUUCAAACUUAGAUGUUGAUGAGUUGAUUGAGAAACAUCCCAUUGGAAGGUUAGGCAAACCUAAUGAGAUUGCAAAUGCAAUUGCAUUUUUAUUAUCUGAUGAAGCAUCAUUUAUCACUGGAACAUCUUUGGUAGUAGACGGUGGUUAUACUGCUCAGUAG